AUGUCAAGAAAUAAGGUGAUAUUUGAGAUCAACAGGAACUUAUGGCAGCUGGCAAAGUUCAAGUUCUCAUGGUUAGAUAUCCCUCACAGUUGGCCUCUUUUGGUUCAGUUUUUGGAAAAGUAUAAACCACAAGUAACAAGCAAAGCAGUAGCAUGGAAUUGUCCUCCUAAUGGUUGGUAUAAGUGUAAUACAGAUGGGGCAUACAAGAGCAACACAGGUCAAACUUCAUCAGCAUUUUGUAUCAGGAAUAGUGAAGGAAACUUAGUGCAUGCUUGGGCAAGCAUUAUUCCAGAUGCAUCUUGUAUUGUUGCUGAGGCAAGAGAAAUUCUUGAGAGGGUAGAAUAUUGUGUUGCAAAUCAAUUGUUUCCUCUGAUAGUGGAAACAGACUCACUCUUAAUGACAAAGGUUUUGAAUGAUGAAUGGGAGAUACCGUACUUUCCACAUAACAAUUUAUCAGGAACUUCCAUCAGUGGCCAAAGGAAUUCUAAAUGCUGA